UACCUACCUAACCGAAGUCUGGAUUACUUCAUUUUCAAUGAUAGAAGAAAAUCACUGCUCAAUUGGCCCACAAGAUUUAAGAUAAUCGCUGGUGUAGCCAGGGGACUUCUUUAUCUCCACCAAGAUUCCAGAUUGACGAUGAUUCAUAGAGAUCUCAAAGCAAGCAACAUAUUGUUGGAUGCUGAGAUGAUCCCCAAAAUAUCCGAUUUUGGUACAGCUAGGAUCUUUGGUGUCAGUCAACACGAAGGACAUACCAAUCGAGUUGUUGGAACAUUUGGAUACAUGUCGCCUGAAUAUGCAAUGGAAGGCAUAAUCUCCGUCAAAUCCGAUGUUUACAGCUUUGGCGUAUUAGUUCUAGAGAUUGUGAGUGGCAUGAAGACCGGCGCCACAACCCCAACAAGUUCACACGCACGCACUCGUAACCUUAUAGAUUAUGCGUGGAGCUUAAGGAAGGAUGGGAAAGUGAUGGAUCUAAUCGAUUCAUCCAUCGUUGAGGGUUGCUCUCUCGUUGAAGCUCUACGAUGCAUCCAUAUCGGACUCUUGUCGGUGCAGGACGACCCAGAGGCUCGCCCCCUCAUGUCUUGGGUGGUAGCAAGCCUGGAUAAUGAAGACAAUGAGCUCCCGCAGCCAAAAGAGCCUAUGUGCUUUGCACACCGUAACUACGGAGCCGGGGAAAGCCAUGUGCAUGAUAUGAGCCUCCUAAACCUCAAGGGGCGCUAGAAAAUCCUGCCUUGUCCUUGACUUGUGACCUCAUAUCUUCAUACACGUACCUGCUCAGUGCUAUUCUACUUUACACUGGAUGAGCUCUGUUAAAGCUGGGAUUGUAAUUUUAUAUGCUUGUAAUAUGUGCUCAUAUGUAA